AUGGCCUCAACUCGAAAAUACUAUGAAAACCCUGGUUACCCAAGCGAGCGACGUUGUGGCCGUACGGGGCUCGGUUUCUACUCCGCAAGUUAUGAGGCUCGCGUCGUCUUCGCCAAGAAUGCUCAGAGAACAUCUCGGACCAACCCACUGUUCCAACUUGAAGAGGAGGCCCACUCAGGCUCCGCAACGCCCCGUUCCUGUGGAGUGCGGGGAAGUUUAGAGGGAGGGGAAAAUGAGGAGGGGCAACCAACGCCAGGGCACCAUCAGGUCAUGUGA